CUCAGACACAUUCAAUUUGAAUCGUAAGGGAAGGAAAAACUCAUCUUAUGUGGAAUUAUGAAAAGCUAUAUCUUUGGUUUAGUGGCAGAAGGAUGAUUUUGUAAGGAGAAAUGGAAACGUAUGUGGAUUCCUGUCCCCAGAACAUCACAGAGGUAUUAGAAUCCUCCGUCAGGCUGGGGUGUGGUCAGGACAAGUAUGGGAACGAUCAGUAUCUAUGUGUCCCUAACACAGACAAAACAGGACUUAUAGAACUGUGUUACAAUGGAACCAUGGGAUUAAUAAAAAGAGGCAACUGUUUGGAAACCGAUGGAGAAAAUCUUUACUGGAACAACUGUCUUGGAUUUUUAUCAGGUUGUCCUGAAAAGGAGUACCGCAGCAAUGAAAUAUACCAAUAUUCUGCAUGUCAAAGCAUCAAUACACAGUACAAUUGCUAUCUUGCUGAAUCAUCAUGUCCUAAUAUCACAUGGAACAUUGCUACAAGUAACACCACACAGAACUUGGAAUCAACAACAUCCUCUCCAGAAACAUCAUCCAAUGUAGCAGAGAUUUUGUGCGGUCUAGCUGCUUUCCUGUUAAUACUUGCUGUUAUUUUUACACUUGCUAUUGUGUUUUGGAGAAGAAAAAAGAGUCAGAAAAAUGGGACACAUGAACUUCUGAACAUUCCAAUGAAUAAUGUUAUGAGCAACAAAGAUAAACGAGAAGAAUUUCUAAACGAUCUAAAAAAGGCAGGGGAAUCUUUAAACAGCACGAAACAAACACGUAACAGUGUAGAUCACGUGACGUGGCUCUGGAUAUACUCGGAUUACGCUAGACCUGACAUCGUGAGAUCCUGUAUAGGUCUACAUCCACACAAUGACAUUUACAUCAUCGACAACAAACCUUACAGAAAACCAAGUAAAUACCAUGGCUAUCAGCCGGAAGUCAGAUGUCUUUUGUACUGCUUACUGUUAACUGAGAAAUAUCAGCUGAAUCUUAAUGAACAAUCACACGAAAUCAUAAGGAACAAAAUCAGAGAAAGAUAUUUCCCCACGGUUACUUCAGAAAGCUCAUUAGAUAUACCACAGGAAGUCACAGAAACACGUGACGGUGUGAUAACCUUUAUAUUAGACGACAUCAGACAUGACGUCAUGUACGCCUUUGUUACGGAGUGCCUGGUUGGUGACGAUGAUCUGGAGUUUUUCCUGACCACGGCGUCACAGGACGUGAUAUCAGAAUACUGCCGGUCCUGGGAUUAUAAGAGGAGUGAGGGAGAGAGAUGUCUGUAUGUACCGUCCAGUCCCGAGAAGAUGUACGACCUCUUCAUAGACAAACUACAGCUAUACAUCAUCACACACAGUACCAUGUCUGACAGGGGGAUUCAUAACAGGAUCAGUCAACGUUUGAAUAUACCUGAAGAGGUAUUAAGAUGGGAUAUCCAUGGUAGAGAAAGGUUUGUGAAGAACUCCAAGCUAGGAAGCGUACAAAUAUUUCGUGCCAGAGGCAUGAUAGUUGGAUGCACAGGGGCCGGAAAAACAUCGCUUCUUAGAAAGCUUCACGGAAGAGAGAGAACAGAUAAGGAUAAGCCACCUGAGACAACCAUAGGUCUUGAGGUCCAUGAAGAUUUAUUUGCUAUUAAGGAAAACAAGUUAACAGGUUUUAGAAAUGCAAACAACAGUACAAAUCCAUACCUGGACAACAACGUAAUAAGCAUGACCGACUUUGCAGGACAAGUAGCGUACUAUGCAUGUCACCAGGUUUACCUCUCAAGAAGAGCAUUUUAUAUCGUGGUCAUUGACGUGUCCAAAAACCUUGAUGAAGAAAGCCGAUGGUAUGACACAGAUCGUCAUGACCCAACAGGAUCCUUAUUUCAAUCAUGGACUUACAGAGAAUACUUCCAAUUUUGGUUACAAACUAUAAAUACAUACUGCAAUGAUGGAAUAACACAAAGUGAUCCAAAAGACACGGCAGCAAUCAGAGACUCCAGGGCGAAUGUCAAUUUACACCCGGUAAUUCUUAUUGCCUCCCAUAAAGACCAGAUGGUCGGAAAUUUUAACACGUCAGAAACAUUUUACAGCCAAUUGGAAGCGUGUUUAUCGAAAGAACAAACCCUUAAACGGCUUAUAUCUCCUUAUCGAUAUUUUGAAGUAGAAUGUCCACCUGAAGCAUUGACUCAAAAGCAACAAAUGACAAUUGACCGUGUUAAGAAAUGUAUCGUAGAAACUGUAACAAAUCUACCACAUUGGGGGGAAGAAGUCCCUUUGAAAUGGUUUGAACUUGAAAAAAUUCUGAAUAAUGAAAAAGCAAAUGGGAAAAAAAUCAUAAAGAGGUCACAAUUAAAAGAAACAGCAAAACACUUUUCAAUAGACGAAGAUGACCGCAAGGAUGUUCUCCAUUUCUUGCAUGAAAUAGGAAAAAUCUUAUACUUUUCUGUGGAUAAACUCAAGGAUACAAUUAUCAUAGAUGUUCAGUGGUUUGUUGAUGCAUUCAAGUACAUCAUAACUAGGCCUGGACUAGGCUUGAUGGCUAUCGGCAACAAAUCGCACUAUGUUCCGUGCAUGAACAGGAAAGAAAUAGAGAAUGCUAUUCCUGAUCUGAUUCAGAGAUCGAACAGUAAAACAUCUGUCCUGAUCUACAGGUUUAGCUUCUUGCCAUUUUUCCUCUUUUUUCGUCUCGUUGUGUGUUGCAUGCAGUUAAAAGACUGGAGAGUGUUAAUAACUGAGGGAACAUCCUGUCUGUAUAGAAAUGCGGCUUUGUUUUCUGUAAAACAUUAUAAUAUUGUUCUUUCUGUUACGGAGACAUCAAUGCAACUACAGAUUCUUCACCCUGUUCCAGGAUGUUCUUUAGAAAAAGAGAAAACAUACAAAAUUCAAAAAAUUAUAGAGGCUUUUCACACAAGCCUAUUGUAUGAAAGAAGCUUUAAAUGUCGAGAAGAUGGGGAACAGGUUAUGUCUGUGGAAUACGAAGGACAAUUUGUGCAGGACAAAUAUAUUUGUGAAAAAGAUGGUGAUAUUAUUUGUCCACUGCAUCCAAUUAAAGAUCAGCAUUUUAUAAACACCACAGAAAUAUCAGAAUUCUUGAACAUAAUCAAACCGUGA